AAAAAGAGCAUAACUCUCAAACGGACGAAAAUAUCGCAUUACUUCACCUUGAGGGAAAGAAAAAAACCUAAUUUAUCUGAAAUCAUACAGGUAUUUUGUGGUCUUCUGUCUAUGUUGUCUAAAUGCUUCUAAGCAAAAAUAAAAUGCAUCAGUGCCACACUUACUGUUGUCUCCUUGGCAGCCGUCGUUUGGUCUAGUCGCACAACGCCAUCCAUUCCCCGUUGGAGGGUGAGGGCGUUGCGUGACGAGACCAAAUAACGGUUGCGAAAGGGACUACGCUUACUACCGUUCCUCUAACAGAGAGAAAAUCAAACUUAUUCGUCUAUGGUUAGUUGCCUCAAAAAUAUAAAUCCACGUAAUUUUAGUGUGAAAAGCAAACUGAAACUCUGUUGUGUGCAGAAUACUAUGGAAACUGAAAGGUUAAUCUAUUCGUCCUACUUCUUAUCGUAGGCGGGUUAUCAGCAGGCUACAAAGCUCUCGGCUGGAAAACGCCGCAGGCGGAUGAUCUUAAGACAACGCUUACUUUCAUUGCGGUGA